UCGUUACCGAACAUGGCGUCCUAUGAUAUCACACGUUUUCUACCGCCAACGUGAAAUUUCUCCUUAGUUUCGCGUUAUACGCCAGUUUCUUUGGAACAUCCUUGAAGGAAAGAUGAAUAUUUUUACCAAGGUGAAAUUGCUGGUACUAAUACUCAGCACGACUGUUGUAAGCUAUUCAAAUUCUGAAGAUGUUAUUGAAGAGCGAUCUAUAAAGAAGCAUUCAAAUUUUAAAUUCGAAGAUGAAAUAACUACAAACAAAGAUUUUUCUGAUGAAGAAGCACGGCAGUAUGGCCUUAUAUACCAAGAUCCAAACCAACCUCUAAGGUUUCCAAAUGAAGACCAACUUGGUAACCAAUCUUACAAUCCUGAAGAACAAAAAAAGAAACGCAGGAGACGUCGCAGGAAGCCUAAGAGCCAGGCUAUUCAAAAUCCUGGUUAUGGAUAUGCCAGUCCAGCUGACGCAUAUCCAGGAGGACCUGAUCCUUACAAUCCAGGGUUUCAAGUGCCUGGCGGAGUUCAAAGGCCCCGCCGUCGCCGUCCAAAGUCCUCAAUUGCCUCCGAAGCAUUCUCCUCGGUCCUGAGCGCGCUGACUUCAACAGCCCUGUAUGAUGAUAAGCAGUGCGUACCCAGGAUGCUGUGCGAGGCGGCUGGUGGUGGAGCUCUCGGAUCCUCGAGUCUCCUGCAAUCUGUUACUGGUCUGCAACCUUUGCUGACUCUCCUCUCUGCUUACAACGGCAUCACGUCCUCACCUCUCUUCGUGUUCGGUCGAGCCGUCUUCCUUGGCAUGACGUCCAAAGGCAACACUGGUACUUGCCGCUAUGCCUAUCCUUACUGCCCCACUGAUCCCGAGCAGCUUGUUCACUACCUCAACAACCACAACGGAGGCUUCUUCAGGUUCUUCAGCGCCCCACAGCUAGAUAGACCUCACGACUUAGAGCAGUUCUAUAACCAGCUUUCUGGACAGGGUUACGGAUUUUAUCAACCGAAUGGAUCCAAUCAGAAUUAUAAUCAAAAUGUUGGUCAUCAGGGUUAUGGACUGCAAGGCAGUUUGUACGCGAACCAAAAUGAUUAUGGCUAUGGUUUCAACAGAGCUGAAGAAAGAAUCCAAAACAAACCUAAUUAUACUCCUGUUGAUAAUAAUUAUAUAAAUGACGAUGAUGGAACAAAAUGGAGAUUUCCUGAUGAUGAAUUUGAAGAUGAUGACAAUUUUUACGAUAACAAACAGACAAAUAGAGGAAGUAGGACUUUGAAAUUUCCCGAUCAAAAUUCCCAAAAUACUGCAUAUCAACAAUCAUAUAAUCCCGUUAAUUACGAUUAUAAUAGACGUGAAAAGAAUGUGAAAUUCAUAGAUAACAAUUAUGAUAGAUAUCCACAAGAUCCUAGAAUUAAUGAUAACAGAUAUACGACUAAUAAUUUUAAUAAAUACCCGCAAGAUAUAAGAAUUAAUUACGAUAGAUAUCAUCAAUCUAAUACAAACAAAUACCCUAAAGAUACGAGAGUAAAUAAUGACGAGUAUGAAUUUGAUUAUGUUCAUAAUUUUUAUGUAAAAAAGAAUAAAAACGAAGAUGUUAGAACUGUGUACGUUGUAAGAGGUAAUGGAGAUCCAAAUCAUCCGGAAAUUGUUAAAGUCAGACCAGGAGAAUCUAUAUCGAAAUGAGAAAUUAAAUACAACAUAGUUUUCACAGUAAUAUAAGCAAAUUUACAAAUCUUAACAA